AUGGCUACCGCUGGCGUCUACAACCAGGUCGACCUGCCCGGCUCGCAGGUACAAAACAUUGACGUUGACAAAGCUGAGCCCCCAGCACUGUCCUUUGACCCCGUCAAGCUCAAGGAGAUAUACACAGCUGAAAGAGACAGGCGACUCCAGCAUGGAGGAGGUAUUAAUCAGUACCGGCUGGUUGAAAACAAGGGCAUAUUCUCCCAUUACUUGAAUGACCCCUGGGUCGAGCCGGGCUUUACGAGGAAGCCCGUCUCUGAGCAGGUCGAUGUGGUCAUUGUAGGAGGCGGCUACGGUGCUCAACUAGUCGCGGUUCGACUCAUUGAAGCCGGAGUCAAGAACAUUCGAUUGAUUGAAAAGGGUAUGCUUGGGCAUCCCAUCCUCUUGAACGAUCUGACAAGUUUAGCAUCGGGUUAUGGAGGAACUUGGUACUGGAACAGAUAUCCCGGUGCCCAGUGUGACAUUGAAUCUUACAUUUAUAUGCCACUCCUUGAAGAGCUGGACUAUGUGCCAACAGAGAAAUACGCGCACGCCAAUGAGCUUCUCAAGCACUCUGAAAUGAUCGGCCGCAAAUAUGGACUGUACGAUCGAACACUUUUCCAGACAGAAGUCGGAGAGCUUCGAUGGGAUGAGGAGAAGGCACUCUGGUCUGUCUCGACAAGCCGGAACGAUGAUAUCAAAGCACGGUUUGUCAUUCCCAGCGCUGGGCCACUGCAUCGACCGAAGCUACCGGGUGUGAAAGGCAUUGAGGAUUUCAAGGGCCAUUCCUUUCAUUCCAGUCGAUGGGACUACAAGUACACUGGCGGAGAUAACGGUGGAGGUUUAACCAACCUGAGCAAUAAGCGUGUGGCAGUGAUAGGCACUGGAGCCACAGCUGUGCAGAUUGUACCCAAUGUUGCGAAGUACGCCAAAGAGCUGUUCGUCUUCCAGCGGACGCCUUCCUCGAUAGACCUACGUAACAACCGUCCGACGGACGAAAAAUGGKCGUCCAGCCUACAGAAAGGAUGGCAAUUAGAACGCAUGGAGAACUUCAAUGAGAUUGUCAACGGCGCAAUCCUAUCCAAUGACCUGGUCCAAGAUGGAUGGACCGACAUUCUCCAGAAACUCCUCGCCCGCGGAACCGCAGACCCAUUGACCGAUCCCGAGAAAGCGGCAGCAGAACGUCAGCUGGCCGACUUUGAGAAGAUGGAGCAAGUCCGAGCCCGCUGCGAUGAAGUCGUAAAGGAUAAAGCCACGGCCGAAGCUCUCAAGCCCUAUUAUAACCAGUUGUGCAAGAGGCCUUGCUUUCAUGACGAAUAUCUCCAGGCAUUCAACCAGGAGAAUGWCCACUUGGUAGAUACCAAAGGUCUAGGAAUCGACUAUAUCACUGAGAAAGGCAUCGUAUCGCAGGGGAAAGAAUAUGAAGUCGAUUGCAUUAUAUAUGCCACUGGCUUCGAACUCGCUACGGAUUGGUCCCAUCGUGCUAACUUGGAGAUCUAUGGUCGUGGCGGUCAGACCAUCACUGAUUGCUGGAAGAAUGGCGCUUCUACACUGCACGGCUGGAGCACGAGAGGCUUCCCGAAUUGUUUCUGGGUCUCGGUCGUACAAGCUGCUUUGACGCCGAACUUCCUGCACGUCACCGGCGAACAGGCAAAGCAUCUGGCGUACGUGGUUGCAGAAAGUAUGAAGCGGAAUGUACGGACUGUGGAACCUACUGCCGAGGCGGAGGAGGCUUGGGUCAAGACUAUCGUACAGCUUGCAGGGUUGCGAGCACAGUUUCUCAAGGAGUGCACGCCUGGCUAUUACAAUAAUGAGGGUACGGCGUUGGAGGGUGCCGCGAGGAAUGGUGCCUAUGGUGCUGGAUCGCCUGCUUUCUUGAAGAUACUGAAGGAUUGGAGGGAGAAGGGCGAUUUCGAGGGGUUGGACUUCAAGUACAAUGAUCAGUAG